UCAGCUCUCGGAUACAGUUGCAUUUCCUUUCCUCACCAGUGAGGCUCGCAGACAGCCUCUUCCGGUCAUUUGGAGCCGGACAGUAAAGUGCGUUCGCCCGUAGCUCACCGUGUUAAGGUGGAUGUCUGUGAGCUCGCGGGUCGCCGAUGAUAAAGAUGAUGAAGAUGAAGACGAUGCAUCUGUCCUAAUCAUCUCCGAGACUGGACUGCUAAGGACUUCUUUCUCUUUAAAAACGGGGGGGAAAAGAUCCAUGAUUCUCCACUGUGAAAACUAAGACAACAUCCGGAAUCCCUGCAGUGCGUAGUGCUGGCGCCAUGGUGGGCUCCAUCGGCUUUUCUCGGCCUGCUGCUGUUGCAGUGUUAAAACGAAGGAGCUGCUUUAUUCUGCAUUUGACUUUGCUGUUACCAGCAGUGAGAGCCAGUGGGCAGUUAACUGGAAGCCCCCUGGUUUGUCAGAAGACUUGUUUGUGUGCCAGCACCAUCAUCAGCUGCUCCAAGAAGAAUCUAACAAAUGUUCCCAACGCUCUUCCAUCGUAUGCAGCUGUGCUGGACCUCAGCUUCAACUCCAUCACUAAGCUCCAAGCUGAGUGGACCGGCAUCAGACUCGACCGACUGCAAAGCCUGCUGCUCAGUAAUAACAACCUCACCUUUCUCUCCUCUGAGGCAUUUGUGAAUGUGAGAAAGCUUCGCUACCUGGACCUCUCCUUUAACAGCCUCCGCCUGCUGGACGAAUACAUUUUUGAGCCGCUGGAGAAUCUGGAGGUGCUGCUGCUUUAUAAAAACCACAUCUCUCAGAUAGAUCGCUCUGCCUUCUCUGGCCUCAUCGAGUUGCAGAGGCUCUAUCUGAGCCACAACCAGAUCUCACGCAUCCCCGUAGAGCUGUUAAAGGGCCGAGGCAGGCUGAAAAGCCUUAGACUGCUGGAUGUUUCUUCCAACCGAAUUAAAGCUCUGCCCCUGGAUGAGCUUCAGGCUCUGCCUGCCUGGAUUAAAAACGGUCUGUACUUCCACAACAACCCUCUGACCUGCAGCUGUGAGCUGUAUGAACUGAUGGCACACUGGGAACUCAGGGAGCUCAGCCCUUCCACUGACUUCAGCAGUAACCACACAUGUGUGACAUCAGGCCAGCCGAAGGAAAAAAUGGCCAUACUAGAUCUGACCAGACAGUACCUGAACUGCAGUGAGGUCAAAGGUUUUAAAAAAGAAGGCUAUCUGGAGCAAUCUUUGGUGUUAGACUGUGACACCAGACAGAAGAACAUGGUGAAGAGAUGGGUGCUGCCAGGAAACCUGACACUGUCUCAAAACGAAACCACUUUAAUCCGUAACGAAAGCAGCCUUAGGAUUGGGCCCCUGAAGGUAGAAGACUCAGGGGUCUACACCUGCUAUGCUACAAGUGAUUCAUUCAAUGAGACGCUGUAUGUAACAGUAGUGGUGUUUAAUACCACCAUGAGCAAAGGACUGGAGAAUCUAAAAACAGCCUACACCACCCUUGUAGCGUGUCUGAUCAGUCUUGUCAUGAUUCUCGUCUACCUCUUUUUCACACCGUGUCGCUGCGCUUGUUGUCCAGGUCAGAACAUGGAGAAAAAUGACGCCAAAGACAGCCUCCACUCUUCAACUGUCACGCUCUCCCAGGCACACGAGGAGACAUGGCAAGAGAGGGUGGGAGGUGGAGGUUUCCUCUACAGACACGCGGCCUUCCUGGAACCUAAAGAACAGCUGGAGCAGAAUGGGAGGCUGAAUCCAAUAAGUGAGGAAGAUGAGGAGUGGCAGGGGGCCAACAGGGGCAGAACGAGGUCUGAUGUCAGCUCGGUGUGCUCCAAUUCUCCUAUGGUCAUAUGAAAUAAGAGCGAUCGCCGCUGCUUCUUCGUAUGCUCAGAAUGUGAGCAAAAUAUCAAAAGUGAGCAUCUUCCAAACAAAGCUUUAGUUGACUCGAGGUGGUGGCGCCGUUCCAGUUACAUAAGAUUCAAAUUGAUUUUAAUCUCGUGAUUAAAUCAGUUUUAGGCCUUUCCAUUUGUGAUGAGUCUUAACUAUUCAAAUGAAUCCUCUGUGAAGGCACAGAAAGCUAUAUUUCUGGUAGAGGACUCCACAAUUUUUUUUUUUUUAAAUGCAACAAGUGUUCCCUAAAAAUGAGAAUAUAUGAACUUUAAAUAUUGUUUGCAUUCUUAAAAAUGCUUACCAUGUAGACAUUAACCACCAAGCAGCACUCAGUAGACUACUGAAAGGCAUUACUGAGAGAAGGUAACUUCAGAGUAGCCAGUAGCCUGCGUGUUAAAGAUAUGGCUUUUCUUGCAAUUGGGAUGAAGGUGCUGCAAAGGUGAGAAGUUCUGAAUUUGUUGAAUCACGUAGAAAGGGAGGCUAAUGUUUAUGCAAAGCUUCCAGAACUUACUCUGUUACUAUUUUUAUGCAAUAUUUAUGCUAUAUGUAACAUUCCUGUUUGGUUAAACUUCACAGAAAACAGUGCAUUUAAUAAUUACUCUUAUGCAACUUUUUCAGUUAAAUUUCUUUUUAGAUGCAAGUGCGAUUUAAUGUUUAAACAGCAAUAUGUGUUUUUUGCAGUGAUUUUGGCCUUAAGAUGAAGUGCUUUUAAAAGCGGCUCUGAUUAAAUAUCGUAUACAGGUAUACUUUUAUUAUCAUUUAAAAAGAAUUCUAAUUUCUGCUGAAUUUAGUUGAAUUUCUGUCUCAUAAAAUAUUAUUUAUAUUGCACCAGUUCACAACAACAGCUGUCUGAAGGCACUAAGUUUUUAAGAAUUCUUUCAAAUGAACCAGACGGGCUACACAUAUCUUCCUGAGAACCGGGGAAAAAUGAAUCUUCCCUCUGAACUUUUUUUGUGAUUUCCGCCCUCUUUGUAGCUAAAAGAGGCCCCCCAAACACAUAAGAUAUCAAUGGACAGACCAGGAUGUCCUCUAUUUAGUAUACCAGGACUUAAUAGGGUAGCUCACAUAAGUCAAAAGAUAUCAACCUAAAGCCAAGUCCAUUAGAGAGGACAUAAAUGAAUAGGCUGGUUCUCAGGAUAUAAACACUCAUAAGAUAUUUUAUCAGUAUAAACACAAUUAUUGACUUUUAUUUGGCAAAUUUAUUCUCAUCCAGUAUACAUACAAUUUCAGGAAACAGUGCUGUUGUUGAGCGUCAGUAAUCCGCAGUAAAUAUUGAUGAAAUCUUGAUGUCAUUGUCUGAUUGAUUAGUAAAUAGCAUGCCAAUAGCAUGAAUACAGUCUCAUUUAAAAAGACACUAUUCCACUGACAAAGCUUCGGUUAUAGUUACUGUUAUCUAUAGAUUAUGCAGAAAAAACAAAACCUGGUUCCUGGUUCAUAAAAUAAUCAUUGCAGGAAGCUAAAGUUAAACAUACAUUCCAGAACACAAAAACAAAAUCACCUCAGCUGAAUUUAGCUACAAAUCAACAAAUGCCACCAUUUUAUUACCGUCUAUAUGAGCAAGUUAUUAAAUGUAAACAUGACAGGUUGGGUUCGAAUUAAAUUGCCAAAGAUUACGGAGUAAUUAGAGUAAAAAAAAUAGUAUUGUUUUGUGAAUUUGGACGGAUGGAUGGAUGAGUCUUAGAAACUUAUGGAAGCUGGGAACCACUGCUCUAGAUGGAAAACUUGAAACUGAUUAAUAAUAUUUAACAAACAUAUUGAAGAAGUUUCUAGUUGAGCAAGUUUAUUUGCAUAUUUUGUUAUGACACUGUGAUAAAAUAUCGUGUUCAGUGUCAGUUUUCAGAAUGGCAACAUGAACGCACGUACUCUCAUACUGAAGAGUAAAUAGCAGCCCGGAAGCACCGCCCAGGGGGAAACCACUGAGAGCAAGUAGCAUCCACUGAAUGCUUCUGGGCAUUAGUGCCCAACCCUAAGCAAAUCAGCCGAUGCCAGCCACAAGCCAGAAAUCUCAUAAACACUGUCAGAAAUAGCAGCUGCAGCCAACACUCGGGCCCCCGUGGCUGGCCGACAGCUGAAAUAUAAAUGUAGAUGUAGCAGUUUUUCAAACAGAUGCCAAAAGUCCAACAGAAUCCUCUUAAAAGGACUAGAAGCUCAUAUUUUACCCUGGCUGGUGCAACCACAAAAGCUGUGUUACACUGUGCAGAAAGGAGUGUGAAUGAAAAUCAAUGAAGACCAAAAAAUGACUCAAAUAAAUGCAACUUAUAAUAAUAAAAAAACAAUAAUUAUAAAUUCAGGCUGUUCAUUUCAGGUCACACUGUUAGCAGUAAAGCAUCGUAAUUGCUACACAAUCACAGGAUAAUCGAAGUUGCGUUAUAGAGGGUAUGUAUGUUAAUGUUGAAGGUACAGUGAUGUUUAUGCACUUCUCAUGGUGCUUUUUCAAUAUAACCUCGGUGUAAUCAUGAUUACAUGUGUCUGUGGGAGUUUAAGCUUGGAAACUAGUCAUGACAAUCUAGCAUGUCUGUUAAAUAUUAUGAUGUAGCAACACAGCCUGAGGAACUUUUCAGUCUGUCAGAGGAGGUACAUAUCUACUAUGUCAUCAUGUUGGACAUUAUAAUAACCAAAGACCGAGCUACGUGUGACAAAUCAUUACCUACAUGUUCAGUGUUUACAGUCAGUAUAUUGUCAGUGUGCUGAGUUCACCUACUGUAUUUUAAUAUAUGCAAUCCUGAAUAAUGACUUAUUGCAUUUCAUCGUUUGCUCUGUGUUAUCUUGUUUAUUGCUGUACUACUCAUGUAGUUCAUAAACAACAAAAAUAAACAUAAUGUAAAAAGAGACGUGUGCAGUAUGUCCUGUGACAUAUAUGCAGCUGCAGCUAAGUAGCGGGUGACUGAAUCCUCAUUUUUGAGCCUUUAAUGCUAUUAUUACACUGAGUAUAGUUAGUAAGGACAGCUAGACAAUAACAUGCAUGUUAACACUUUAUAAUAUGACCUCCAACUUAUUGUCCUGUAACGAAAUGGAAUUUCAACAUAUUUUAUUUGAAAUUACAAGGUAAUUAUGUUUUCCUACACAUACUUAAAGGUAUGAAUACUAGAAUAAGGGGCAACACAGCAACAAAAUUAUUAUUUAUUAAUAAUUUAAAACAUUAAACUCAGAGGGACACGGUCAAAUUCCUUCUCCAAGUCCACAAAACACAUGUAGACUGGUUGAGCAAUGCACUCUCAAAUGUCCUCGACAGGUUAAAGAGCUGGUCCAGUCUUCCGCAACCGGGACAAAAACCGCAUUGUUCCUCCUGUAGCUGAGUUUCGACUAACUGACGGACUCUCCUUUCCAGCACCCUCGCAUAGACUUUCCUGGAGAGGCUGAGUAGUGUGAUCCCCCUAUAGUUGGAACACACCCUCCGGUCCUCCUUCUUAAAGAUGGGAACCACAUCCGGAGUCUGCCAACAUAAAAGUACCGCCCCUGAUCUCCACGCAACAUCGUAGAGGCAAGACAGUCCUACAACAUCCAGAGCCUUUAGGAACUCAGUGUGAACCUCAUCCACUCCAGGGGCUCUGCCAACAAGGAGCUGUUUAACUGACUCAGUGAUCUCAUGCCCAGUGAUGGACAAGUCAUCCCCCUCGUCUCCAGACUCUGCUUCCUCUAGGGAAGAUGUAUCAGUGGGAUUAAGGAGAUCCCUUCCACUGCCUGACAAAAUCCUCAGUUAAAAUCAGCACUACAUACAGUGCAGGUAGAGGACCGCUUUCCCCUCCUGAGUUGCCUGACAGUUCACCAGAAUCUCUUCAAGGCAGUCCAAAAGUCUUUUUCUGUGGCCUCACUAAACCCCUCCCACGCCCGAGUUUUUGCUUCGGCCACUGCCCAAGCCGUGUUUCAUUUGGCCUGUCUGUACCUAUCAGCUACCUCUGAAGUCCCAAGCCCAAUAGGACUCCUUUCACCACCGGUGUCCACCAUCUCGUUCGAGGGUUACUACCAUGACAGGCACCAACCAGCUCAGUGCAGCAUGUCUGUCCAGGUCUGUCCAGCAUCCUACCCAGCCACCUGAUCCAACUCACCGCCAGGUGAGGCGGUGGUCAGUUGACAGCUCAGCCCCUCUCUUCACCCAAGUGUCCAGAAUAUACGGCUGUAGAUUCAAGAAGGCCAGAUACACUAAACUAUUGUUCGGCUUAUAAGCGCAGACAGUCAGGACCCAUUCCCCGACCUGCAGGAUCAGGGAACAACCCCUCUCGUCCACCGGGAAAAAAUCCAACAUGCAGGCAGCAGGGAAGGCAGGGAUACUAAGAUACCCACCCCAGCCCGCCGUCUCUCACCACAGACGACACCAGACUGAGACAGAUUCCAACUCCUCUCCAGGAGACUGGUUUCAGAGCCCAAGUCGUGUGUUGAGUUUUUCACUCCAUCGGGACAGAGCAGAGCCCGUCGUGCUCAACAAUCAUGGCCGAUGCACUCUAAAGAUGACUUCACAGCAGGAUAAAUGUUCUCCUCUUGCAGCAGCUGCCAGAUUGAAGCAAUUGGAGCAACUUUUCACUUCAGUUUCGCAAACAUCUGGGAGCACACUCAUAAACAUUUUCUCCAGAAUAUCUCAGGCCUCAUAGCUUAACCUAAAAAGGAAUAACAUGCUGGGAGUGAUUUAUAAAAGUGCAGGAGAAAUUAUAAACUCUGAGCUCGAUGAGGUGAAGAACACAAUGCAGCCCCGGUGGUGAAACUGCACCGUUCGGUUCAAUAAGUAUUUGAUGAUGACACAUUUUGCCUCUGUGCACCAACACAGAGGAUACUAAAUACAUUUUUAAGAAAAGUAUAGACAUAACUGUUCAUUUUACAGUCGUUUACCCCAUUUUUAUUGGCUCAUGUCAACAUGUUUAAUCUUCCAAAAGCUUAUAGAUCCAACUGUGAGUCACACUUGUUCUCAGGUGUCCUCACUUUCACUACAUCCUGAUUGAGUUUCUGUUGACUUUUCUUAUCUACUCUCUGUAAAAGUCCCUCUGAAGUGAAGAAUACUGUUGCUGCUUUUAUUUGGCAAACGCAACGUUAGUUGUGCAAUCAUAAAGAUGAAACUGACCGUCUCCUAUUUGUGUCAGAAUGAACGUGUUCAUCCUGCACACGGGAGACUGGAUGUUACUUAUGAGAAAAUAGCUGAACUUUCCCCCAUACAAGCUACAAAGCCUCUGUUUAAUAUCGCUCCACUCAAUGCUGCCCUCCGGAGGACUGACAGUGUAAAAGGUUCAUCGUUCAAACAAAUACCGAAAAAAUACAGAAAAUCAGAAGAGUUUAAAGAACAGCUGCCUUUAUUCAAGCACAAAAUCAACUGAUGUUCACAUUAUUAUGAGAAACAAUAAAAAACGUGGUGUCAAUAUGAAAAGUGCAUUUUUGUAAUUUAAUUAAAUUGUACUCACAGAGCCAGCGUCCCACAGCGUGAAGGUUUGGGGUUUUUUAAGCUGCAGACUGCUCAUUCAGUCAAAAGGUGCUUUCAGACGGCGAACCAUUGAGGACGUUUUCAUUCUUCUUUGCUUCUGUGUCGAGGGAAUGACCUGAAACACUCAACAUUUUGAUUAGAAGCACCUUCAAAACAUGUUCAAAACAAAAGAAGUCAGAAAAGUUUCCAAGUGUGCAUUUUAGAUUCAGAGCUGGAGGAGAUGACAUUGAGUUAGGCCAAAUAAUCCACUUGAUUUCAUACUGUUUCACUGGGUUUGCUCAUUUUAAUUUUAUUUUGAAAUGCUUGUUUCAGGUAGUUUGUAUUACUUUUUUAUUAUUAAUAUGUGGAGGGUAUUUAUAAGACGGAAAAAAACCAAACAUUUUAUCAACAGCUGACUCACAGUCACUCA